AUGUCCGCAGUCGGCCUCGUCGGAUGCGUCGCCAUGCAGUGCUGUCUGGAGAGGCAGGACGAGUGCAGUGUGCCCAUUCUCGGCACGCUCUGCUACUGUGACCAGUUCUGCGACCGCUCGCUCAGCGGCGACUGCUGUCCGGACUACUUCACCUUCUGUCUCGGAGAACCCAACCCGUACAUCAGCAACGCCACCUGUCUGCACCAGGGCCAAGAUAUUAGUUAUAACGAAACAGUAAAGGAUAACUGCAACACAUGCACGUGCACGGGUGCGGCCAGCAGUCCGGAGCUGCGCUGCGAGACGCACGUCUGCCUGGUGGAGCCGGAGCUGAUCGAGCGCACCAACGAGGCACAGCUCGGCUGGUCGGCCGCCAACUACAGCCACUUCUGGGGCAGGACACUGGCAGACGGAGCGCGCCUGCUGCUGGGCACUGAUCACCCGGGGGUGCUGGUGAACCGGACGUACCCAAUAGUGAAGGUCUUCAACCGGGCCUCGCUGCCGGCGGAGUUUGAUGCGCGGCAGAGGCCGGCCUGGGCGGGCCUGAUCGGCCCGGUGGUGGACCAGGGCUGGUGCGGCGCCUCCUGGGCUGUGGUGACCGCCUCGGCGGCCGCCGACCGCAUCUCGAUCCAGGCCGGCCUGGGUCGAAUUGACCUCAGCGCCCAGAACAUCAUCGACUGCGCACCGGAGACCGGCCGCGGCUGCCGCGGCGGCGCCCUCGAUGUCGCCUGGAACUACCUCAGGGAGAAACGGGUGAGCUCCAGCGCGUGCUACCCAUACCGGUCGGGCGCGGAUGGCGCGCCGGGCCUCUGCCUGGCGCCGGCCGGCGGCGGCCGGCUGUGCCAGGACGGCAGCCGCGUCAGCGACCAGCAGCUGCACGGCACCCAGCCCACGUACCGCAUCGCCAGCGACGAGGCCGACAUCCGACACGAAAUCUUCACCAACGGGCCGGUCCAGGCCAUCCUUCGCGUGCAGCCGGACCUGUUCCUGUACAAGUCGGGUGUGUACAGCACCAGCCCGGAGCCGACCGAUGAGGCGGCUUACCACUCGGUCCGCAUUCUCGGAUGGGGCGAGCAGCGCGGCCCAGCCGGCGACACGGUUCCAUUCUGGCUGGUGGCCAACUCGUGGGGCAGCAGCUGGGGCGAGCAGGGCCUGUUCCGCAUCCGACGCGGCACUAACGAAGCCGACAUCGAGACGUUCGUGGUCGCCGCCUGGGCGCAGACGGACCCGCCCUUGCAGCAGAAAGGGGGCGCGGCUGCCGCCGGCAGCUCCCGCUCAGCGCAGGAACUGUGA